AUGGCUUCAAAAAGCAGAAAUCCACUAGCGUUCACGCCGUGGCCAGUGACCAUCAUCACGACUGCGGUGUAUCUUGCCUUGAUCAUUCCGCUACUGGUCAUUCAUUUGAACGUUCCCACGGCGCCCCGCGCCAGUCCCUCAGAUGGCUGGAAUCUCACCGAGGCAUGGCACGAUCUUCAGGCACUCACCAGAGGCUUUCACCCGUACAACUCUCGCGAGAACGACCAUGUGCAUGCAUGGCUCCUUGAGCGCAUCGAUGAGAUCGUAAACGCCGCACCAUCCGACGAAGCUUAUCAACCCGCAGAUAAGAAGCCCGAGGUCAUCGUAUUCGACGACCUCACCUCAAACUUGACCUUCUUCGACAGAAAAAGUGGAGUCUAUUUCGAAGGCACCAACAUCCUGGUCUAUAUUCGCGGGUCGGAAGAUCAAAAGGAUAAAUGGUGGGAGACGCCAGCCAAGCUCCCUUCUGGGAAGGGCGGAGUGCUUGUCAAUGCACACUACGACAGUGUCUCCACGGGAUACGGUGCGACAGAUGAUGGCGUUGGUGUCAUCACAGGCCUGCAGUUGGUCAAGUACUUCCUGACUCCAGGACACGCUCCGCGCCGCGGCCUGGUGGUGCUCUUCAACAACGGCGAGGAGGACUAUCUUAACGGCGCUCGCGCGUUCAGCCAGCACCCCAUGUCAAAGUUUGUCCACACGUUUUUGAACUUGGAAGGAGCUGGUGCGGGUGGUCGCGCGACACUCUUCCGCAGUACCGAUACCGAGGUCACCCACGCUUACGCCAGAUCCCAGCAUCCUUUUGGAUCGAUUGUCAGCGCCAAUGGCUUUGAGUUGGUUGGAAGUCAGACUGACUACGUCGUCUUCGAUGGGGACUUGGGUCUACGUGGGCUUGAUGUUGCCUUUUACGAACCGCGUGCUCGAUACCACACUGAACAGGACGAUGCGCGCCAUACCAGUGUGGAUUCGCUUUGGCACAUGCUGUCCGCGGCAGUGGCUACGACCGAGGGACUCGUUUUCGACGAUUCCGAUCAGUUUGAUGGUCCCGCACGAGUUGAAGGGAAUGUGCCUAAUGGUCAGGGCACAAAGGCGGUUUGGUUCGACCUUUUCGGCAGCGCAUUUGCAGUCUUUCGCCUACACACCCUGUUUGCGCUCUCGGUCACUCUACUCAUUGUAGCGCCGUUGGCCCUGAUUGUGACGAGUAUUGGUCUCUCGCAUGCCGAUAAGAUGUAUUUGUUCCGUUCAAACACACGGGCCGAGUUUAGCGAUGAGAAGAUCCCGCUGCAAGGUCUGAGGGGAUUCUUCCGAUUUCCUUUCCUGCUUGGAGUCCCCACCGCUGUGUGCAUUGGAUUCGCUUUCCUGCUAGCAAAGGUCAAUCCCAUGAUUCUGCACAGUGGCAAUUGGGCUGUUUGGAGUAUGAUGAUCUCGGGCUGGGUGUUCAUGGCAUGGUUCGUUUCGUGUGUUGCUGACUUUGCUCGACCAUCUGCCUUUCAUCGAGUGUACAGUUUCACGUGGAUGUUUGUGAUCUCUUGGGUGCUACUGGUCCUUGCCACUGUUUUGGAGAACGACCAGGGGCUUGGUGGAGGGUACUUCACCCUGUUUUACUUUGCGAGCAUAUUCUUGGCGACUUGGAUCUCAUACCUAGAACUCUUCUUCCUUCCACGAAAGUCUGAAUACGUCAGUAAAAUGACUCGAGACUCACGACAGCCAAGCAGCCAUGGCAGUCGUCUCGGCACUGGUCACAGCAAUGAUGUCGAUGAUGACAACGAAGAAGCAGUCCAGGAGGAGGCGACUGAGUCCACGUCUCUUCUACGGGGUCAACAACGCACGACGUUUGCGAACUAUGUCAGCAUGCCCGGCAACCAUUCCGAUGACCCUGAGGAUGACACCGAACCGGAUGAUCCUAAUGUUUAUGGCAACGAACAAGCUUGGAGCGCGUCUUUACCCAGCUGGACCUGGUUGCCUCAGCUGCUUCUCACCAUUCCAAUCAAUGUCGUGAUUCUAGUACCGCUGGCUUUGAUCACGACCAGUGCUUUGAAUCAGAUUGGCCAAGAUGGCGAUCCCACGCUAGUCGUGUACCUGCUGAUGGCAUUCUUCAUCACCAUGAUCUUUAUGCCGGUCUUGCCGUAUAUUCACCGCUACACUUACCACAUUCCAGUAUUCCUCUUCCUUGUCCUCAUCGGCACCCUGAUCUACAACCUGGUUGCGUUCCCUUUCUCGCAUACCAACCGCGUGAAACUUUACUUUUCGCAGCAGGUCGAUCUGGAUCGGGGUAACUCAUCCGCCUACCUAGCAGGUGUCAGCCCGUUUGUCGAAGAUGUCGUUCGCGGCCUACCCAGUGCGGGAGGACAUACAGAGUGUCACCGUAUCUUUCGACACGGACAACUUCUGCAAUGCUCUUGGCCCGGUGUAGAGCCCCACGUUGUCCCCAGUCUGAACGCCUCCUCGCCCUCACCAGGUCCAUCAGCAGAUUGGGUGUCCUCUAAAAUCACCCCCUCCGAGUCAAGCAGCCCUUCAGCCCGAUUCGAGCUAUCCGGACUGAACACCCGAGCAUGCCGCAUCACUAUGCAGCACCCCUCAAUCAAGACCUUCAGCGUCGCAGGAUCAUCCGUGCAAGACAAGCGGUUCAUCAAACCCGCUUCGGAAGGGAUGUCGGAGAUUCGACUCUGGAGCCGCACCUGGGACGGGUCAUGGACAGUGGACGUAGAUUUCAAAGAGCACGCAGAGUCACUCCGGGGACUUGUGUCGUGUCUUUGGAGCGACGAUAACAACCCGGAGUUGAUCCCCGCGCUUACUGAAGCGCGGAAGUACGUGCCUGCCUGGGUUGCGCUGACCAAAUUGGCGGAUGGUCUGGUGGAAGGGUACCGGGAGUUUGAAAUUGUCAAAGAUGAAUCUGGGAGAUGGGUACAGAAACAGAAGGGUUAA